AUAUUUCCAUAAAUCUAGAACCCUAAAAUCUAAAUGGACUUUUUAUUUGUCCAUAAAUAUGUAACAUAAAGGACUCCAUUAUGAUGAAAACUAAUUUUCUUCAGCUGAAGUCAUUUUGCUACUAAGAAAAUCCAUUCAGGUGUGUUUAAUAUCAUAUGGCAGUUCUUGACAUAUUUUAUAUCCUUCUAGGCUCUGAGAAUUGGAAAACCAAGAAGGUUUUGAUGUUUUGUGUGGCGCCAGCUGAAUUAGAAACCAAGAUGAACAUAACCAAAGGAGGCCUGGUGCUGUUUUCAGCCAAUUCCAAUUCAUCUUGUAUGGAGCUGUCAAAGAGAAUUGCUGAGCGGCUGGGGGUGGAAAUGGGCAAAGUGCAGGUUUACCAGGAACCUAACCGAGAAACAAGGGUACAAAUUCAAGAGUCUGUGAGGGGAAAAGAUGUUUUUAUCAUUCAAACUGUUUCAAAGGACGUGAACACCACCAUCAUGGAGCUCCUGAUCAUGGUAUAUGCGUGUAAGACCUCUUGUGCCAAAAGCAUUAUUGGUGUGAUUCCCUACUUCCCUUACAGCAAACAGUGCAAGAUGAGAAAAAGAGGCUCCAUUGUUUCUAAAUUGCUGGCUUCAAUGAUGUGUAAAGCUGGUCUGACUCAUCUUAUUACUAUGGAUUUACACCAAAAGGAAAUUCAGGGCUUCUUCAAUAUUCCUGUUGAUAAUUUAAGAGCUUCUCCCUUCUUAUUACAAUAUAUUCAAGAAGAGAUCCCGGAUUACAGGAAUGCAGUGAUUGUAGCCAAGUCUCCAGCCUCAGCCAAGAGGGCACAGUCUUUUGCUGAGCGCCUUCGACUGGGCAUUGCGGUGAUUCACGGAGAAGCUCAGGACGCCGAGUCCGACUUGGUGGACGGACGGCAUUCCCCGCCCAUGGUCAGGAGUGUGGCUGCCAUCCACCCCAGCCUGGAGAUCCCCAUGCUGAUUCCUAAAGAAAAGCCCCCAAUCACAGUUGUUGGUGAUGUGGGAGGAAGGAUCGCCAUUAUUGUGGAUGACAUUAUCGAUGAUGUUGACAGCUUUCUCGCUGCAGCAGAGACUCUGAAGGAAAGAGGGGCGUAUAAGAUCUUCGUGAUGGCAACGCACGGCUUGUUAUCUUCCGAUGCCCCCCGACUAAUUGAGGAAUCUGCCAUUGACGAGGUGGUGGUUACCAAUACAAUUCCACAUGAAAUCCAGAAGCUCCAGUGCCCCAAAAUCAAAACUGUUGACAUCAGCAUGAUCCUUUCAGAAGCCAUCCGCCGGAUUCACAACGGGGAGUCCAUGUCCUACCUUUUCAGAAACAUAGGCUUAGAUGACUGAAGAGCUUUCUUUCCUUAGAGCUCCCAAGAGGCAAACUGGAACGUGAGAAUGUGUGCUGAGAGAGAUCAGGCCAGACUUGAUGUAUUUCCCAGGGACCAUUUGUGUUUUGUUCCUUUCUUGUUCAUUACUAUGAAGACAGACCAACUGUUUGUCAAUUUGGGUGUUUGUGAGUUUUUUGGGCAAUUUUUAUAAAAGAAAAACUGUAUCCUCCUCUUAAAUAAAACAAGUUAAGACCUUA